AGUGUAUCAGCAUCUCACAAACUCUGCAAAAAUGUGUGUUUUAAGGUGAAACCCGUAACAUUUAGAGCACCUUUUAUUCAAUUUUAGCACCCUAACGAAAGUUUUAAAAGGAGAGGUUGUAGUUUUCUGUUCCAUCGAGUCGGGAUUACGGAGUAAAAGGAGAAACGCCAAACACACAAGAGUUCGUUAGCAGUAUCGGUGUGGUUCGGUGGUUUUAGCUUUUGGUGGCGAUUUUGUACAAUUUCGUUUAUGUUUUCCGCAAAACCGUGAUUCUACGCUGGGGUUUUCGCUAGAUGCGCAUCACACAAUACGUUGAUCGAUCGACAGCAAACGGACAAAUGUGUGAGGUCGUGAGAGUUGCUUUCGUUACACCACUUUCUAUUCGUCCGGGCGUAAAGUAGGAGCACGAAGUUGACCGAUAUUUAUCGUUUGCCUUGGCCCUCCCCCCCUACACGCGCGGGUUCCAUGCGUAACAGCGGGAUAGGAAGAAGCAGUGCAACGGAAGUGGACCAACAGCGUGCAGCGGUGCUGUGAAUCGGUCGGUCAGUCGGUCGAAACAGCUGGAAACGCGUGGGGAUAACUGAACGGCGCCCAACAAAAACAAUGGAUUCUGGCAACGGUGGCAUCAGCGGCAGCAACAGCAGCUGCCACAAAAGCGAUCUGAAUCUAUUGGUGAAGAAUAUUGUAAAGAUUCUGCUCACCACCUCGAAGUACCUGCACUGCCCGUUUUGUGCCGACGAGUACCUGUUCGAGUUUACGCUGAAACAUCAUCUGCUGAAAAACCACGAACGCGACCUGGAGAAGAUUGUCCGCUCACCGGACGCAAGCAUACGCUUUUGCGAGAGCAACAUCUGCCCGUACUGCGGUGCACUGUUCUACUACAUCUCCGCCCUGCCGAAGCAUAUCAUGAACAGCCACAGCCGGGAGUGCCUAAUGAAGUGGCAAGCGAUCGAACAGGAGAACAGUCUGGUGCGAAAGCUGGCCAACGAUCCGAGCAUUCAGUGCGUGCCGUGUUCACCCGGGUUGAGCGAUUUUUUCGACGAGCUUACCACGGGCAGCAGCCGACAGUAUGCUGCGGGUGGUCCUCCUAAUGCCGGGAGCAAAAACAUCAUCCAGCUAACCAAACCUUCGCCCUUGCUGAAAACGGCCCUUCGAAACGUGAAUCGUAUUACGGCCGCACAGACAAAUGGCGGUAUCACCGGUGGUGGUAUCGAUGCGUCCGGUACGUCGGCCUGGUCCAGCUUCGGAUUCGAUAAUUCUCAAGCGCCGCGGCGCAACCUCACCAACCAAUCCGUCCGUCGAGAGCUACAUUUCGGUGACGAUCGUGGUCUAUCGUCCGGUGAUGGGGCUAGUGCUGGUUCACCAUCGCUCUGCAACCUAAUUGCCGGUAGCUGCUCACCCUCGCCGAGCAACGAAUCUAUCUCCUCGGUGCGCAAACCAAAGUUCCAACGGAAGCGGUUCAAUCUGCGCUCCAUUAAGCCAAAGCUGAACUUCCGCAAGUACGUGCUGUCGAAGUUUUCCAAGAAGUAUCACUGCAAGAUCGUUACCAGCACGCCAAACAAUUUCCUCGACGAUGGUAACGGUCGCGACUCGACACGCUUCCUGCACAACCAGGAACGCUGGAACCGGAUUCACUUCGAAUGACGAAGGUACGGUUCGCCGUUCUCGUGCGUCAUCGAGUAUCUGUGUGGGUUACUGUUUUGCUGUGUGUGAACCACAGUGGGCGAAAUCGUUCGAAGUUUGCAUUUGUUUUUACCCACACAGCUCAUUUAUUUAUUACGGUUUACGUGUGCCGUGUGCCUGCAUGCGUAUAUAUUGUAACAAAUCCGUUCACAGUCUCAGAACGGCGAUAAACCCAAUGGCGGUAUCAACCUGGCUGUGCAAUCAUUUCUUGCCGCGAGCUCUAGCGGUGAUGGUGACCAGAUGGAAAUUACAAUAGUAUAAUGUUGGCGUUUUUCUUACAAUAUGCUACCAGUUCAGGUGAUCAGGUGAUAUUCUUCGGAGAUAAGAAAAAAAGGUACAGAAGUCUGUACCGCGUAUUACGUUCGUCAUCUGUGAUCGGUACCCUAUGCCCUCUACAAGAAUUGAAGGCGAAUCGUACGUUACAUCGUAGUAAGCAAUGGAUUUACAUUCUCCAGAGAAACAAGCCUUAAUAGGAAGAUGUGAUUGCUGGGAUGACGACGAGAUCGGUCUAAAAUAUGAGUACACGUAGAAGUUUAAUAAUACUCGUGCGAUUGUUUCGACA